CACAUGCGUCAUCCUUCCCCUCCUCCUCCUCCUUCUUUCCCCCAUCGAUUUCGUUUUUUUUACGCCUUUUCUUCUAUGCCAGUGGACGCUUUCAUAACCCCUUGACUAGAACUCCCUAGUUGCCUAACGACAUGAGUGCUUUAUCGUCUUUCUUCACGCCUAAAUUUCUAUCGUCGUCUAUGAACCCCCGGGAACGCACAACCGACCCAUCCUUGCACUUUAGAUAUACAUUGGAAACGAUGCCCAGUCAGAGGAAAUACAAUUUCACGGCAGCUACUAGGGCAGAGAUUUUAUCGGAAUUAUACGACGCCUUUUGGGGGUCUUACGCGCAUCUCUUUCUCCCCAACUCGAAUUCUAGUCUACCCAUGCACGCCACGCUCAGCGGUGUCCAGGCGUCUCUUGGGUUUUGUGGAGCGGGGAAAGAAGGUCCGUUGAUUCCAGGGAGACCGUGUUCGCAUGUUUUGAAGAAGGGGGAGAGCUGUUUUCGGUGCAAAGAUUGUUCUUUGGAUGAUAGCUGCGUUAUCUGUUCGAAAUGUUUUCAUGCCACGAAUCACGAAGGUCAUAACGUUAGUUUCUUCAUCGCACAACAGCCGGGUGGAUGUUGCGAUUGUGGUGAUCCUGAGGCUUGGAGGGUUCAUUUGAACUGUCCUUAUCAUCCUCCUGCAGAUGGCACGGCGCCUUCCACGAGCACAUAUCCCUCUUCGGGCACUCGAGGCACUCAAAGACCUGAUGUCAUACCCCCCAUCAAGGACUAUCCUUAUCGUGUAUCAGUACCCCCAGAGCUCAGAGAAACCAUGAAUCGAACAGUCGGAUAUGCUCUGGAUUUUGUCCUUGACACCCUUGACUAUUCCCCUGACGAACCGUCAGUACCUUCCAACGAGGCCGAUCUACGUCUCCAACCAUCCGCGGACCCCAUGAUGAAGGACCAAUAUUGUGUCAUCAUUUGGAAUGACGAUAAACACUCCUUCGACGAGGUCAUCAAACUCAUUUGUGAUCUGACUGGCCGCUCCCGGGAGGAGGCUACCGAGAUGACACAGCGGAUAGACGAGAACGGUCGAGAGAUGGUCGAGAUGAGCACGGAUGUGUCGCGGCUACUCGAGAUGGCCCAAAAUAUCGCGCAGAUUGAUCUGGGAGUUACUAUUCGCAGGGCGUAUGAUACCUUCCGGGAGCAGGUCGCGUCUGUCAUCAUUGAGUGGCUUGUUGAUCUUACUCAGAGUAGAUUGGGUACGGACACGUUGAUUUUGCGGGAGAUUAUUGCGGAGGAGAUGCUUUCACCACGAAGGCGGGAAAACGCGUCCUAUCCCCAUAACGCCCAGACUCUCCUUGCGCUACAUGACAUUCGCGACCCUACGAGGCUCGACUGCUUGUUCCUUUCCCAUACGCGGUUAUGGAAGAAACCGCGGUUGAGUCUCAAGGAGAUCUAUACCGCCAUUCUUACUCUCGGUCGCGACCACAAACUAGCAAUUGCUGGCCAUUUUGCUCGGGUUUACCAUAGAGUCAUUGACGCAUAUCUGCUAGUUGACCGUGAAGCCGAGACCUCUAUCAAGUACUUCGCUCUUCAGCUUUUCACUGUUCCCUCCGUAGCCACCCAUAUCGUCCGUACUCACAAGAUCAUCACUCGCCUCCUCGCUAUCAUCACUGCUUUCUUCACCAAUCAGAUCGCCGACAAACACAUUGCAUAUCCGCCCAAUACCAGUAUCUACAAUCUAGAUGUCGACACCUUCCCGUUCAAAUCCAAACGCUUCAUGCCUGUCUUCAGUGACCUGCGCUAUCUAUGCAACAACGAGCCCGUUCAGCAUCUCAUCGCACACAAUCCCGAGUAUAUCAUCCAAUUCGCCAAGACUUGCCAACUGUUCAUGUGUGUCAACCCCAACAAGCGUGCGGUAACGAACCACAUCGAGUUUGAGACGGAUGCGUGGAUUAGUGUGUUCAACGUCACGCUUUCAUUGUCCCGAGUGAUCAAGGUUUAUGGAUCUGCGUUUGGGCGUGCGACGACUGCAGAGUUGGUGUCGGCGAUUAAUACGGUGAUGCAUAACAUCUUGAUGGUGUGUACUUUGAACGAGGACCGUCUGGACAGGACGAAAUUCCCGCCUAUUGUGUUCCAUGAGGUUGCGUUUGGUGACGCUUCGUAUAAUAUCAUCAAUUUUGAUGUUUUGGAGGGGUGGGUUAGUUUUCACCAUUCGUUGCAUUGGUUGUUGGCGGAAUUGUUCAAGCAUGUGGAUCUUUUAACGGAAGAGAAGCUGAAAGAGGUUGGGAUGAGUUGUAUUAGGGAAGUCGUGUUGAGGCGGGCGAGCGAACAAGCGAUUCUUACUGUCAUUGACUUUCCUCUUAGAGUUCUCGCUAUGAUCGCCCAGAUUCGUACCAGUUUGUGGGUGAGGAACGGCUUUGCUAUUCGCGGGCAGCUUUUGCAUUACCGAGAUUUCAUGCUUCGAGAACUGUGCUACGACCAAGAUUUGUUCAUGCUACAAGUCGCUCUGGUCAUCCUCGACCCAAAUACCGUGAUUGUGACAAUUUUGGACAGAUUUGGGCUUUUAGGCUAUUUCUCUGGGGCUUUCCUCCAUCCGACGUAUGAUUCCGCUCAACUAGCGGGGAUGGUGGAAGAGGUGCUUUAUGUCUUCAUCACUAUACUUAGUGAAAGUGCGAGCAUUUCUAAGCUGCCCAUUGAAAAGCAAGUGCGACGAGAGCUCGUACAUGCGUUAGCGAUUGGACCUUGUUCCUAUACAGACCUGGUUAAACGCGUAUCGGAGCGUUUGGUGGAGGAUGCAUGGUUCGAAAAGGUGUUGAAGGAAGUUACCACCUUCAGAGCACCCGAAUCGACUUCGGACACAGGAUCAUACGAGCUGAGGGACGAAGUGUACGACGAGGUCAACCCAUUUUUCUACCAUUAUACGAGAAACAAGCGAGAAGAGGUGGAAAUGGUCUUGAAGAACAGGUUGAAGAAGAAGAAUCCCAAGAUGACAGAUCCUGUCUGGAUCCCAAAGCCAAUGGAGACCAAUAUCGGGCCAUUUUCAAUCAUUACAUCCACGUUUGAGUCGGAAGCUUUGCUUCAAGUCAUGUUCUACUCCAUUUAUAAUGUCCUCGUCCUCACCGCGUCGUCCGGAACAGCCCCUCCGUCAGGAGAGGCUAUACUUGACCAAGCUUUACAGUUGGUAAUGCUGGCGCUUGUGGAACGUGCCGUCAUCUUCUCUCGUCUCUCUGCGGUCAAGACCUUUGAAGAGGAGAAAACGCUUAUAGACGUAUUAUGUGCUCUAGAACAUAACGAGAAUUUCAAACCUUAUAAGACCCGGGUUAGCUGGAUUCUCGAUCAGAUCGAGAAGUAUGCACUUCUUGAAGUUCAGAGUCGAAGGUUUAUCCCAAAUGCUACGGAAGGUGCCCCAGACCCUGAAGAGAAGAAGAAGAAGGCUGCAAAGGCUCGUCAGGAGGCAAUUAUUAAACAGAUGAAACAACAACAAGCCAGCUUUGCCAUUAAUUUCGAUGAUGUCGAUGACGAGGAAGACGAGGACAUGUUGGACGCCGAACAACAGGAGGUCACGUAUGGAACGUGUAUUGUUUGCCAGGAGAAACUCAACUCGUCUAAAUCGUUUGGAACGCUGGGUAUGGUUCAACCGAGUCGGUUCAUUCGUCGCCAGCCCGAUGGACAAACUUCUUUCUUAAACUCCGUUCUGCAAUCCCCGACUUCCAUGGACCGUUCCGUCCAUUCGUCACCGCCUACCUUCCCACCCCAAGACGCUGAUGCUCUCGACGAAAAAGCUGGGACGUCGCCUAAUUAUGAAGGCUUCCCUAAUCAAUACGCCCGAUUUGGAUUACAUGCGUCUGUGUGUAGCCAUAUGAUGCAUCUUGAAUGCUUCCAAGUCUACAGUGUGUCUAUUCGACAGAGACAUCGAGCACAAGCGACUAGGAAUCAUCCGGAGACUAUUGCCCGAAAGGAGUACAUUUGUCCUCUUUGCAAAAGCCUCGGUAAUGUAAUCAUCCCAGUUAUGAACCCACCCAAUACGACGCUAAACAAUGUUCCGUUUGCGGACUGGAUACGUUCUGCUGGUAUCAGCAUUUUGAAAUCCAAGCCGGAUCCACAGUUAGAAUCAUUACAGUUUAGGAAUGGAACUGGGGAGUUCGUAUUUUGGAGUGCACAAGAUCCCGGGUAUUCUUCUUUGUACCGGAACCAGGAGAAGGCGGAUGGUGGUGAUCCGAUGAAGAUGGUUGACACUGUUAUGACGGUUUCAAAAUCGUUGUCCCAGCAGACGCGUCACCUCAGAGAUCGGCAUGAGCCUGAACCUGGAGAACGAGGUGCUGGAAUAUAUCUACCAGAGGAACUUGUUGGAUAUUCUAUCACUUGCAUUGAGAUUGCCUUGCGCGGUGUCGAGUCUCGGGGAGAUGGCGGCUUGUUGUUGGAAAAUCUCUCAGAUGCGCAGAUGAAGAUGAUUCGUGGCCUUUUGACGAUUUUGGUGAGGCUUGCCGGGCUUCACUUCAAGAAUCGACCAGAUGAAGGCCGGGAUGCGAUGCGUCAAGCUAUUAUCAAACGUCUUCUCCCAGAAUGGAGUCGGAGUUCACUAACUUCAUUCUCGUUCCCUUUACUUUUGCGAGACCCCUUCGCGGUCCUAGUCGAAACGGCGGCUGUAGCACCUGAAAUCCUACGACAUGUGCUAGUGUUGACGUACUACGCUUGCCUAGCCCGUACAGUCAUCGGGUUGGUGUUUAUCUUGAACAAAAGUCGUGGUAUCCACACUGCACAUAUCUCGCGCCGAGUACAUGAAGAUAUCUUUGGAGAUGUCCGGAUGUUUUUCAUGUCAGUUGUCAGGCAUUCGCCUAUCUUCGAACACACGGCUACGCUGGCGUUCGAAACAUUUGGAGAAGCGCGGAUUGAAAAGCUCUUACACGCUUUUACGCUUCCUUUCCUUCGAAAAGCUGCUAUACUGUGUCGUUCGGUUCUUCCAUCCGCGUUCCCGUUGCACGCGCAAGGCGAUGGGGAUCUACAGCCUGAAAGAUGCGAGUAUACCAGACUUCUCGCUUUCCUUGGCAUUCCACCCUUAUCCGACCUACCCAACCAAGACACCCUACAAAACGCCCUUUCGGGAUGGUGCGCUCACUAUGGUCACUCUCAUGCCGUGUCACCCGUCAAUUUCGGUGUGACGCUUGACAUACCUGGAGUAUAUAAACUGGCUAGGUUACCCUUGGUAUUGGAUAACCUCUUCGUGGAUCAAGACAAAGCAGUGGUGUGUCAGAAGUGCAGUACCAUCCCUGCGGAUCCGGCUAUAUGUUUACUCUGUGGAACAACGGUGUGUUUCCAGAGCACAUGUUGUACAGAUGCGGAGGAGAGGAGGGGGGAGUGUAAUAUGCAUAUGAGGGAAUGUGGCGGAGCAUUGGGUCUCUAUUUCUUGAUCAAGAGAUGUGUUGUGCUGUAUCUGUAUGGCAACAGCGGUUCGUUCACUCAAUCACCGUACCUGGAUGUUCAUGGAGAGAUUGACGUUUCGAUGAGACGUGGCCGCAGACAGUACCUUCACUACGCCCGGUGGGAAGACGUCCGCAAGACAUGGUUAAAUCAUCACAUACCAACCGUGAUAGCGAGAAAGUUGGAGAGUUCGUUAGAUUCGGGCGGAUGGGAGACACUCUGAUUUGGGACAUAGAACAGUUUUUCUUUCUUUCUUCCUGUUGUCGCUGUCCCAAAGUUUUCUUUCUCUGUUUCUCGCCACAAUCACUGAACUUUUUGUAUUCCACAAUCACAAUCGAAUCCUUUACACCGGCCUAUUUCUGUUAAAAUUUGUAUCACUGUAUUGUACUUACACCGAUUUAAAAGACUUUACAUUCAAGACUC